ACAGCGAGCACUAGCAGAAAGUACACGCUCUCCCAUCAUCUGUCUAGUCCCACGGCUGGGCAGAAGUUGGAGCAGUUUUCCUUACAUUCCUUACAUUCCUUCGAAAGAAAACGCAUCCGCAUCGUCUUGUGAAAGUUUGGGGUGGUCCUCCCGGCUGCCUUCGUCCAGCGUGCGUCCACGUGCCUUCCACCGAGUGACGCGGGACGAGUGGAACUGAAGGAGGAGGCUUGGACACUUUGGUCCUGUUGCCAGGUUCGUGUGUCGUGAGAGAAGGGCAGGGACUUGUGAAGUGCGAGGCACUGCAGCGGGACUUGUGAAGCUCUGAGCCGAGCACGGGGAGAGAGUGAGUGCAAGAGAGACAGGCACAGGGCAACAUGGGUGCAUUAAUGGUCAUUUUCUCUAUCCAGCCAAAACAAAGGAGGAAAAGGACAGACCAUGUCGAGGACGAGCUGGAGCUGUCGGCCGUACGCCAUCGGCCCGAGGGCCUGGAGCAGCUGGAGGUCCAGACGCGCUUCUCCCGCAAGGAGCUGCAGAUCCUCUACCGUGGCUUCAAGAACGAAUGUCCAAGUGGUGUGGUCAAUGAAGACACAUUUAAGGAGAUAUAUUCUCAGUUCUUCCCGCAGGGAGAUGCAUCCACAUACGCACAUUUUCUAUUCAAUGCAUUCGACACAGACCACAAUGGUGCAGUGAGUUUUGAAGAUUUCGUAAUGGGUCUAUCCAUUCUACUGCGAGGCACAGUACAGGAGAAACUCAACUGGGCAUUUAACCUGUAUGAUAUUAACAAGGAUGGCUAUAUAACAAAAGAGGAAAUGUUAGACAUCAUGAAAGCCAUCUAUGACAUGAUGGGCAAAUGCACAUAUCCAAUUCUCAAAGAGGAAACUCCAAGACAACACGUGGAGAUAUUUUUCCAGAAAAUGGACAAAAAUAAGGAUGGAGUAGUCACCAUAGAUGAAUUUAUAGACUCCUGCCAAAAUGAUGAGAACAUCAUGAGAUCGAUGCAGCUUUUUGAAAAUGUCAUUUAAUACCUGAAUGGACAAAAAAGUCUCUCACAAGGACCUUUCUCCUUCAUGUGCUCUGAUGUGCUCAUUAAGACAAAUGCAUUUGAAUGGAAAUCAACCAACCAGUCGAUCCAUUGACCCUUUCUCUAGGACUCAAACCUCUUUCAUUGUACUUCCUCUUAUUUCAACUCCAGUUUAGGAUGAAUUUUUACAUUAAGAAUGAAGGUGUCCAAGAAUGUUUAUUUUAAAGAAUUAUGUGCAUGUGAUAUACUGCACAUCACUUGAACAUCACCUGAGCACUCCUUGCUCCAUAGGGCAGGAGUAGAAAGUAGUGCUUUUAAUCUUCCAGCCAUGUUCCUCUGACAAUGGCAGUGUGUGGCAUGUUCACUCUUCGCUGGCCGGGAUCGAGGUACUUGCCUCUCUCUUACAUUAGUUUGCUUAAGUUCUGCGUAACGAUCAUGAGCUGCAGUAAUGGAGAAAGAGGUGUCAGUGUUAAGACCAUAACAGGUCCAUUACUCUCAGAUACAUUAGCCAUUUAUUGUGGAUA